GAUGCCGAGACAAUUUCCAAAGCUGAACAUCUCUGAGGUUGACGAGCAUGUGCGACUUAUGGCAGAGAAGGUAUUUGCUAAAGUUCUCCGAGAAGAAGACAGCAAAGAUGCCUUGUCACUAUUCACUGUGCCUGAAGACUGCCCUAUUGGGCAGAAGGAGGCCAAGGAAAGGGAACUGCAGAAGGAACUGGCAGAACAACAGUCUGCAGAAACAGCUAAAAGGAAGAAAAGUUUCAAGAUGAUUCGAUCCCAGUCUUUGUCAUUACAAAUUCCAUCUCAGGAAUGGAAAGCACCAUCGACCAAUCCUGUUCUGACUCCUGCAACGCCAGGUCUUCCAAGUGCUUUUCUGCCAGUCCAAGUGCCAUAUGAUGUACCAGAGUUUCAGAGAGUUUCAAUUAGCGGGGACUACUGUGCAGGGGUUACAGUUGAUGAUUAUGAACAAGCUGCCAAGAGCCUGGUGAAAGCUCUUCUCAUUCGAGAAAAGUAUUCACGUCUUGCCUACCAUCGCUUCCCAAGAACAACAUCUCAAUAUUUGUGUAGCAUGCAAGAUGAAAAAUGGAAGGUUGAAGAUGAAGUGUAUCCAGAUUUCCAUUCACCCCCAGAAGAAAAUGAAGAUCCUUACAAUCUUGAUGAUUCUCCAGACAAUUUGGAUUAUGUUAUCAAGAUGAAAGGUGGCAUUCCCUUUGUUUAUGAUAACAAAGAAAUGAUGGAACUCAAUGAACCUCGGAGUCUGCCAUAUCCUGACCUGGAGACCUAUACCGUUGACCUGAGCCACGUUCUUGCUCUAAUUGCAGAUGGUCCAACAAAAACAUAUUGUCAUCGGAGGCUUAACUUUUUAGAAUCUAAAUUUAGUUUACAUGAGAUGUUAAAUGAAAUGUCGGAAUUUAAAGAACUAAAGAGUAAUCCCCAUCGAGACUUUUAUAAUGUGAGAAAGGUAAGUGUGAAAAGGAUUAAAGGCAUGAUGUUGAUUUUUAGUAGGAGUUCCAGCAAUUCUGCUUUCUUGUGUGAGGUGUAUAUGAUAUGCAUGAAGUG